CACACACGCGACGCAGUUUCCUCACCCUUCUCCCUUUCUCUGCCCAACGCCGCCACCCCUCUCCUCGCCGUGCCGCAGGCUGGACUCAUCGGGCUUGGCACCGAUGGCGACGGCCGACGCCGCCUUCCCUCACCACAGCGGACACAGACGAACGUGUCUCCCCUGGUUUCUCACCGAACGACAGGAGCAGAGCCCCACUGUCGCAAGAAUGGACAAGGAAAAGAGGAAGGAGAGUAGGAGGAGAAGGAGAAGGAGAGGAGCUUGGUGUCCAUUAUGAAGACUAAGCCGCUUGUCCCAGGAAGCAGAAGGGGAAGGGCAAGGGCAAGGGUUGUGUCACUGCAGAGGAAGCGGGCCAAGGAUUAUGGCAAUGUCCCGCUCGCCGAGUUGUUAUUAAGGGUAAAAAAAGCUCCGCCGCCUUGACGUCUCGCUGACCUUGCCGACGCCAAGAGCCGCACCAACCCUACUGUCCGCCGCUGGAUGGCGGAUCUCAAGACCGCCGCCUACCAAGGCGACCACGUCCUCGAAAACUUCCGCUACGAGGCGCUGCGGCGCUGUGCUGACGACCACAUCCGCGGCCCCUCCUCCGUAAUGGAGCAUGAUAAGCAAGUGGAGAAGGAUUAUGAAGAGGAGGAAGAGAAUGAGGAGGACGAGGAUGAGCAAGGUACUGUGUUUGAGGAGGAGGAAGAUUCUCAUUUUGAUGUCAAAGCACCAAGUGUUAUGCUAUGCAAAAUUGCAUUGUUUGGCUAUCAACGUUCAAUAUUUUUGUUGUAUAAAGUUCAAAGGAGGAGCUGUCCAAAAUUCAAAAGCAAUGAUGCCCAAUUCUUUUCAUCACUAUGACCAUUUUUAAACCA